AUGUCACAAUUUUCUUUUGCACACCUUCAAGCCAAUAUUAAAAUAAACAUUUUUAAAUUCAUGAGGUCUCCACUUAAUUUGGCAUUAUGCAAUAGAGGAUGGUCUAACGUCGCAAGAGAUCCGCACGCAAGAACUGAGUGGUUAAUAUACCAGUUCGGAAAGACAUACGCUUUUUUUCAUGGCAUAAGAUUAGGAUCAACUUUCAUCAAUAAAGAA